GUUUUAGAGAUGGAUUCAAUACUGGAAAAUCAGAGGAAACUCCAUGAGGAACGCGAGCGCACUGUUGAGACAAUCGUCAAAGAAAUUAUGAGCGACAAGAAAACACAUAAGGCCAAUAUCAACUCGCAGCAGCGAGUCAAGCAGCUCGUAGAUAGAUACCAUGCAUGCACGGAGAGUUUGGAACGCAUGUACACGGACACAGAAGGUAUACGAAGGCGUGAAAUGGAAGCCAUCGCCGGACCAAACGAGUUUGCUGAGUUCUAUGCUCGAGUAAAGAUACUCAAAGAUGCCCAUCGUCGAAAUCCUGAUGAGCUUGCUGAACCUCUCUCUAUGGAAUUCCAAAAAAUGCACGAAGAAAUCGCAGAUCCUGAGCGUGAAGAAACUGAUAUGGUCCAGUUCACAGAUGAGGAGGGAUAUGGCAGAUUUUUGGACAUGCACGCUCUGCAUGCUUUGUAUAUGAAUCUGAAACAUAUCACGAAAAUCGAUUACAUAUCAUACCUUGGCCAGUUCGACAAGUUUACGGAUAUUCCAAAGAACACGACGAAAAAGACUGGAGCUUACAAAGAAUAUCUACACGCUCUGAAGGACUACCUCGUCUACUUCAUGGAACGAACACGACCGCUUCACAACUUGGAGGAAGAUUUCAAGAAGAGUGAUGCUGAGAUUGAUCGAAUGAUCGCAAAUGGGACACUUCCUGGUUGGCCAUCACAUACCGUCAACACCAAGCAGGCCACAAUCGAUAUUUCGGCUUAUAGCAACCCAAAAGAGCUAGAAAGUUUGGGCCUUGACCGGCUAAAGGCUGCUCUCAUGGCUCUGGGACUGAAGUGUGGAGGCACCUUGAAAGAAAGAGCAGAACGAUUGUUUGCCUCGAAAGGUGUGGGAGCUGGAGAAUUGGGCAGGGAUGCUUUAGCGAAAAAGGCUGACGAUGCCAAAGAGCAUGCAAGAAUUUCUGCGUUGGCAAAACUGGAGGGGCAUAUCCGAUGCAUUGGCAAUCUUUUGGGUGAAGAACGGGAUGCAACACGAGAGAAUGUGGAAAGAAAGCAAGCAAGAGCUGCUGGCGAGAACGAGGAUGACGAGGAAGAACCACAGGCAUGUGGAUAA